GGAUUUGUUGGGUUGGUUGCCUCAGGUUUGCACACCACCACUUCUCAGCACCAUUCUGGCAUGAGCCACACAGUUGGAGAGCACGGAGGUGGAGGCCGCACGCGCGUGGUGCAGAGGAGAUUGCGAUAUGUCGGCGCGAAGAUGCAGAGACACUUAAGUGCCCGGUGCAAGAUGAAGAAGGGCAGGCCGGCGGGUUUGUUAAAAGUCGUGGGAAGGAUUGAAAGUUCAUGCGCUCGCCAACAGGCAGCGCACAGCGGCUGUUUCCGGCGCUUGAGCCCAAUGCCAAUCGGUCACUCCCAUGUAGACGGCCGACAGACAUGCGUCCCACGACUUUUGUUUCCAUCCAGUCCACAUGUGCCGUCGGCAUACAAACCUUGCAUCCGGCACUCUUCAAUGGCCCGUCCUGCCAAGGCUGUGAGUUCGGCGUCCGCCUCCCGUUGCAGCAAAUGAAUAUCACUCUCGGCGACAUGGCUCGUCCAAGACAACACCGUGAUCACAUGGCAGACGCUGGACAACGCCUGGGCGCUCGUGGCUUAUCGGAGUCCGCGAGCCUCGACGAGUCUCGACGUCCUGUCCCCGACGCCCCUCGCCAGAUUCUGCUUCCACCAACUCCCCCAAGCUCGGUCGAGGAGGGGUCCCAGAGAUACGAGUUUGGCACUUGGCAGGUGGGGUGCGCGCCGCUGUCGGACACGCUCAAUUACCUGGAUCGGGGCUUGCAACAACGUGGGAGAAAAUGUCCGAGAGGCGUCGGUGAAUUGGGAGGGUCGGACAAUUAUCACCAGCGGAUGCGGCUAAUUUAGCGCCACUUUAGCGCCGACCGGGAUGCCGGUAACCCUGUCGGACCCAAAGCAGACAAGGCUGAUGGCCCGCUCGAAGGUAACUCCAUCGUCAGGAUGCCGCAUACCCACGUCCAC